AAACAUAUUUAAUAAAUUGAAAAGAUGGGAAAGUACUGAUGGGUGACAGGCAAUUAGUUUAUAUUGGUUAAUAAUAUUAUUAUUCAAAGCUAAUCUAGCUAGUGAUUAAUAAAUAUUAUUUCAAGGUGUCUACUCAUGUUAGACAGGGAAAACAUUGGUUAUAAAAAAAAUAUUAUAUAUAUAUAAAAAUUUCUAUUAUUAUUACUCCAGCAUUACAGUGAGAAGAAAAUCUACUUUGUUGUAACACCGAAAGAAACAAUAGCAACAUCUUCUUUGGCCAUUUAAUUAUAAAAUAUAUUAUUAUUACUUAAAAUUAUAGAAAUGCAGGCUAAAAAACGUUAUAUAUUUCUCAUUUUAUCAUGUGCGUUUUUGAUUUAUUGUUAUUAUGGAGGAUAUAACUUAAAAUCAGAGCUAGUUCAAAAAACCCGCAGAGACCAUUUGCCAACAUUUGCUACUCUUGAAGAACUCUUUGAGAUGCCAUUGCAGCAACAAAAGCAGCCGCAACUAAUGACAAAACCAUGUCGUAUGGAGACAUGUUUUGACUUUGCAAAGUGUGGAAGUGAUCCAAAAAUAUAUGUGUAUCCCACUGAUGGUUCUGUCAGUGCCUCGUACAGAAAAGUGUUGUCAGUGAUAAGAGAAUCUCGCUACGCUACACGAGACCCCAAUGAGGCCUGCCUAUAUGUCCCUGCUGUAGACACAUUAGAUGCAGACCCCUUGUCACCUGAACAUGUCCCAGAUGUGGCAUCCAGGUUAUCUCGACUGCCAUAUUGGAGAAAUGGGCGUAAUCACCUUAUUUUUAACUUGUAUGCUGGUACAUGGCCUGACUAUGCAGAGGAUGCUUUAGGAUUUGAUGCUGGAGAAGCAAUACUAGCUAGAGCAAGUGCAUCAGAAAUUAUAUUCCGUGAUGGAUUUGAUGUGUCCCUUCCUCUAUUUCACAAAGAGCACCCAGAGAGAGGUGGGGUGCCCCCAGCUGCCACAGCUAAUCUAUUUCCAUCACCGAAAAAGCAUAUAUUAGCAUUUAAAGGAAAACGUUAUGUACAUGGCAUUGGAAGUGAAACAAGGAAUUCAUUAUGGCAUUUACAUGAUGGUAACAAUCUUAUAUUGGUCACAACUUGCAAACAUGGAAAGUCCUGGAAAGAUUUACGAGAUGAAAGGUGUGAUGAAGAUAACAGAGAAUAUGAUAAGUUUGACUAUGAACAGCUUUUGGCAAAUUCAACAUUUUGCCUGGUAGCGCGCGGUCGCCGGCUCGGGUCGUAUCGUUUCCUAGAGGCUCUAGCGGCGGGCUGCGUUCCCGUACUGUUAAGCAAUGGUUGGCGGCUACCUUUCGAUGAACGAAUUGAUUGGCGCCGCGCCGUCAUCUGGGCCGAUGAGCGUUUGUUGCUUCAGGUUCCAGAGCUUGUACGCUCAGUACCCCCUGAGCGUGUGCUUGCUCUACGACAACAAACACAAUUCUUAUGGGAACAAUAUUUCUCAUCUAUUGAAAAAAUCGUUUUUACUACAAUUGAGAUCAUAUUAGAGCGCGUAUUAGCUCACAGAACGUCGAGGCAGCGGGAGUCGUUGAUAUGGAACGCGUACCCGGGCGGGCUGGGCAGCGUGGCGGCGUACGGCGACUCGCGCGCGCAGCUGCCGCUGGGCGCGCCCGCGCUGCGCGCGCCCGCCGCGCCCGCGCCGCCGCCGCGCCCGCUGCCCGCGCCCGCAGCCCCCGCCCCCGCGCACCCGCCCUCGCCCGGCCGCGCCUACACCGCGCUGCUCUACGUGCAGGCCACCUCGCCCGCCCUGCACAGGCUGCUGGCUAGCAUCGCCGCCAGCCAAUUUUGUGAGAAGGUGGUGAUGGUGUGGGACAGUGAACGCGCGGCGCCGUCGCUGAAAACUCUCGCGCGGGUGGCGGGCGACCCUCGUGACCCUCUGCCCGUGCUUGUCAUAGAUGCCACGACGCAUUACCCUGGUGAGGGUGUAUCGGCGCGGUGGCAGCCGCUGUGGGCCGUGCCGACGGCCGCCGUGUUCUCUCUGGACGGCGACGCACCGCUACUAGCCGAAGAACUAGACUUCGCCUUUCGAGUGUGGCAGGAGUUCCCCGAGAGAAUCGUCGGUUACCCCGCCCGCACUCACUACUGGGAUGAAGCUAAGGGCGCGUGGGGCUACAGCAGCAAGUGGGGCGGGUCGUACUCGCUGGUGCUGGCGGGCGCGGCGCUGGUGCACCGCGCGUGGCUGGCGGCGGCGGCGGCCGCGGCGCCGCAGCUGCGGGCCGCCGUGCGCCGCGCCAACAACUGCGAGGACAUCCUGCUCAACUGCCUCGUGGCGCACCUCACGCGCCGCCCGCCGCUCAAGCUGGCGCAGCGCCGCCGGUACAAGCCGCAUCAUCAUCGGUAUCGGUCAUCGUGGAGUGAUCCUGAACAUUUCGUUCAGCGACAAUCCUGUCUGAACACAUUCGCCACAGCAUGGGGCUACAUGCCUUUGAUGCGUUCAGUGCUACGUCUCGACCCCAUACUGUUCAAAGACCCAGUCUCAACGCUGCGUAAAAAAUACCGCAAAAUGGAAUUAGUCACUUCAUAAUGUAGCGGAUAUUCUUUCUUAGUCAACGAUAUUGCAACAUUUUUAAGUUGUGUACUUAUUACAUUAUUAGGCGUAGGUUUGUGUUUAUUAUAAGAAACGUGUUUGGUUAAAUAUAUGAGGAAUCAAAGUGAAAGAUCAUUCAUAUGGUCGAUCAAAUACCAAAUAUUAGUUUUAAGAUGUUAGAAAUCUAGGCCUGUAUUGCUUUAUAUUAGAAAUACAUAUCAUUUAUUAAAUUAGAUGCUAAUAAAAAUAUAUAUGUAA